AUGGUGGCGCUCGCCUCACUCUCGUCUCUCUGCCCCUGCGGAGUCGCCCGCCGCCGCGCUGCCUCCGCCUCCCCCUCCUCAUCCGCCGCCGUUUCCAUCUCGUGCUGCGCCGUCGCGACCCCGUCCUCCUCAGGGAAAGGGCCCCAGGAAUCUAGAACACCCCGAAGAAGGCUGAGGAAAACCGAGGGUGCCACCAAGAGCUUGGAAGAUUCGGUCAAGCGAAAGAUGGAGCAGUUCUAUGAAGGGGCCGAUGGUCCUCCUCUGCGAGUGCUCCCUAUUGGCGGUCUUGGGGAAAUCGGCAUGAAUUGCAUGCUCGUGGGGAAUUAUGACCGAUAUAUCUUGAUUGAUGCUGGGGUUAUGUUCCCAGAUUAUGAUGAGUUUGGUGUGCAAAAGAUUAUCCCAGACACUACGUUCAUCAAGAAAUGGAGCCACAAAAUUGAAGCAGUUAUCAUCACGCACGGCCAUGAAGAUCACAUCGGUGCGUUGCCUUGGGUCAUUCCAGCACUCGAUUCAACAACACCGAUUUUUGCAUCAUCUUUCACCAUGGAGCUAAUAAAGAAGCGUUUGAAGGAGUUUGGGAUCUUCCUCUCAUCCAGGCUUAAGGUUUUAAGAAUUAAAAAGAGAUUUCAGGCUGGACCUUUUGAAGUCGAACCCAUCCGUGUAACUCAUUCAAUUCCUGACUGUUGUGGCUUAGUGCUUCGCUGUGGUGAUGGCAUAAUUUUCCAUACUGGUGACUGGAAAAUUGAUGAAUCACCCUUGGAUGGAAAAUUUUUUGACCGACAAGCAUUGGAGGAGCUCUCCAAAGAAGGUGUUACUCUUAUGAUGAGUGACUCAACAAAUGUUCUAUCCCCUGGAAGAUCAAUCAGCGAAUCUGUUGUUGCUGGUUCAUUGUUGCGACAUAUUUCGGAAGCAAAAGGAAGAGUAAUUACGACACAAUUCGCCUCAAACAUACAUCGAAUUGGGAGCAUCAAAGCUGCUGCAGAUUUAACUGGUCGAAAAAUGGUGUUUGUUGGAAUGUCACUCAGGACAUACCUUGAAGCUGCUUUCAAGGAUGGAAAGGCACCACUGGAUCCAUCAACCUUGGUCAAGGCAGAGGACAUGGAUGCGUAUGCCCCUAAAGAUCUUCUGGUCGUCACUACGGGUUCACAAGGAGAGCCACGUGCAGCUCUGAAUCUUGCAUCUUAUGGGGGAAGUCAUGCUCUUAAACUAUCAAAAGAGGAUGUCCUUCUUUAUUCAGCUAAGGUUAUUCCUGGAAACGAGACACGGGUAAUGAAGAUGAUGAAUCGUCUCACUGAUCUUGGCCCAAAAAUUAUCAUGGGUAAAGAUUCUGGCCUGCAUACCUCUGGGCAUGCCUACCGAGAGGAGCUGGAGGAAGUUCUUCGGAUUGUUAAACCACAACAUUUCUUGCCUGUUCAUGGAGAACUCCUAUUUCUCAAAGAACAUGAAUUACUUGGAAGAUCAACUGGCAUAAGGCACACAACUGUAAUAAAAAAUGGUGAGAUGCUUGGUGUGUCACAUCUAAGAAACAGAAGAGUUUUGUCCAAUGGGUUUGUUUCAUUAGGGAAGGAGGAUCUUCAGCUGAUGUAUAGUGAUGGUGAUAAGGCUUUUGGUACAUCCACUGAUCUCUGCAUUGAUGAGAGACUAAGAAUUGCAUCUGAUGGCAUUAUUUUUGUCAGCAUGGAGAUCUUCCGACCUCAGAAGGAACAUGGUUUAGCGCAGCCAGGUUUGAAAGGAAAAUUUAAGAUUACUACAAGAUGUCUAUGGCUUGAUAAUGGAAGAUUGUUGGACGCACUCUACAAAGCAGCUCAUGCUGCAUUGUCAAGCUGUCCUGUGAAUUGUCCACUUAGUCACAUGGAGAGGAUGGUAGCUGAAAUCUUGAGGAAAAUGGUACGGAAGUAUAGUGGGAAGAGGCCUGAUGUCAUUGCGGUUGCUACGGAGAACACCACGGCAGGUUUCUCAGAACACCUCGAUGCUAAAUCAUCUGGAAAUUUUGGACCUUCCUCAGCUACUAGCCAUCUGAGCAGGAGUCCAGCUACAAGUCUUGAAGGCAGUUAUAAAACACGCCCAGACAACCCAGAGGUGGAUGCUGAAGAAACCCUUCCUGAGGCCGUGAGAACAACACCUGAUGAUGCAACCACAAGCUCCAAUGGUGAAGCAUUCUUCUCUUCAGAUUUACAUCAGCCUAAAACACUGGAGCACUUUUGGGAGUCAUUCAAAUCCCCUACAGCUGUUAAAAUUGCACGGAUUGUCAAUGGGGGGAACAAACAAAAUCUGGGCAAGAUUGGCAUAAUGGGUAAGGACUCACCAAUCCAGUCAGCUCCUGCUCCAGUUAAAUCUUCAAAAAAGAACAAGUGGAAACCUGAGGAAAUUAAGAGCUUAAUACAGAUGCGUGGCGAAAUGAAUGAGAAAUUUCAGAGCGUGAAAGGAAGAAUGGUUCUGUGGGAGGAGAUUUCUGAUACCAUGUUGAACCAAGGAAUAAGUCGUACACCGGCACAGUGCAAAUCUCUAUGGACAUCGUUAGUUCAGAAAUAUGAGGAAAGCAAGAAGGAUACGGAAAGCAUGAAGACAUGGCCGUAUUUCUCGGCCAUGGAUAGGAUUCUAUCGCAGCAAGGGGAAAUGGCAACCAAAGGAUAG